GCAUGCGUGCUCGGAGCUUUCUGUGUCCUGCACGUUUUUAUUUUUUUAAUUUUGGUUGAGUUUUGUCUUGUUUUUGUUCUAGCUUCCUCCCAUAUUCCAAACUCGUGCAUGUUAGUUACAGUGAAGACUCUAAAUUGUCAAUAAUUGUAAAUGUAAGGAUAAAGGUUCUAUUUGUCUAAAAAUGGUCUGCAAUUGGCUGGUAAUUAGUUCAGGAUUUACACUGCCUCUCUUCCAAAGUUAGCAAAAAGGCUAUAGAAAAAUGAAUCGAUGAAUGGAUGGAAAAUCCUCAUGUCUUAAAAAAAAGAAACGGCAGUGACAUGGAAGAAUGUGAACAUUCAUUAACAGUUAUGCAACAGAUUUGGAGAAGCAAGAUAUUCCACAUCCAUAGCCUUAUUUAAGAGUAUCGUUUGAUGCUGUUUGCCCUUCAACAAUGAUUUGUGAUGAAUGUGUUUUGUCUUGUGCCAUCUUCAAAAUUAACAUCUUUGGACGUUCAAAAAUGUGUAAUCCUAUAGGUAAAUGUUUUUUCUCCCCCCAGUUGUUAUCAUAAGCUAAUUUGGCCGUUUUGUUUCUCUUUUGACAAUGUUCAGAAAGCUAUGGGAACAAGUUUUGACUGCAUAAAAGUUGAAGAAAUGUUAGCUAGCUUUUAAACAAUAUACAGUACAUCCAUCUAUCCAUCCAUUAUCUGAUCUGCUAUCCAAUGUAAUUAUUUUUUUUUGUUAUUCAUGUCACUUCUACUCUCUAUAAGUUAUAGCGGAAGUCAUGGCCCACAAGAGCAUCAGCGUUGAGUCAUGCUAGCUUUGCACCACUCCAACUCUUCAUCCUCGUCACUCAUCCCUCGUUCGUCAAAUGGCAGCAGAGGGGAAGCGGUGUCCGGGGUGGCCCUUGAGAUGUCGCAGCGGGGAAACCUGACCGCCAGCGCUGUCAUGGUGGUGGUGUUGCCCAUGACUUUGGGUAUCGUGUCCAACAUCGUGGCCCUGUUCAUCUUGGCCAACGCCUACUGGCUCCAGCGACGGCGCUCCAAAGCCACAUUCCUCCUCUAUGCUACCUCGCUGGUAGUAACGGACUUCAUGGGCCACGUGAUCCCCGGCGCCCUGGUUCUGAGACUCUACCUCUCUGGAGACGUGCGGCCGGAGGACUCCAGCGCUUCUGACGGCAUGUGCCAGUUCCUGGGAGGAAGCAUGGUGUUUUUCGGCCUGUGCCCGCUCUUCCUAGGUUGCGCCAUGGCUGCGGAGCGUUGUCUGGGCGUCACCAAGCCCCUCCUGCACUCCUCCCUGGUCACAAGCACCCGCACUAAAAUGUGCCUGUGUGCGAUUUGGCUGGCCGCUCUGUGUGUGGCCUUGCUGCCUUGCUUGCAGCUGGGCUCGUACACCUAUCAGGACCCGGGCACCUGGUGCUUUAUUCAAGUCCUCAGUGAUAUUCACGAGGCGGACGUGGCAUUUGUGCUGCUUUUCUCUGGGCUAGGCCUGAGCUCCCUGGCUGCGGCAGUGGUGUGUAACACCAUCAGUGGACUGACGCUGGUGCUCGCGAGGAUCAGGAGGAAACCUGGGUCGCAUCAUUCGGCCAAGUCGCAUGACAUCGAGAUGGUGGUGCAGCUGGUGGGGAUCACGGUCACUUCGUGCAUUUGCUGGUGCCCCCUGCUGAUCAUUGGCCUGAUGACCGCGAUCCGCUCCUACACAGGAUCCAUUGGAGAGGACCUUCCCAACUACAAAAUACUACUGGUGAUGGGUGUGAGACUGGCCACAUGGAACCAGAUCCUGGACCCAUGGGUCUACAUUCUACUGCGCCGAACCGUCUUACGGAAAAUCUACCUCAUUGCAAAGUGCCAAGCGGGUCUGGGGGGUAAUUUAUUCGGGUGUUUAGACUCUACAUCUCCUACCGAGUCUGAGAAGAAUGAAGUGAAUCAAGCCUAAACUGGGACGACUGUGUCAAACAUAUUUUCAAAAAGCCUACGAACUAAAUACAUUUGAUAAAAGAAUAUGGCGAUGGAAGAGCGACUUGCAUGAGCACAAUGCGGCAUUUCUGGGCUGGACCACUUCAGAAAUAUUACCGUAAUUAUGAGAGAAUGUGUAACCCGUGUCUUUUUCAUUGUUACAUGGGUUUCUGACCUUUGAAAUGGAAGCUAGCUGACUGCUAUGAUUUGGCACCAAACUUGAUCAACCUCCCAAUUUAAGUCGGCAAUGCUUCAUGCAUAGUUCUCAUUAGGACAGCAGAAUGUAAAUGUGAUGCAAAAUCAGAGUGCUUCAUUUGGAAGAAGAUGGUUUUCUUUCUCCACCAGAGGAAGUUUGACAGUAAAGGCCAACACAUUUUACAUUUCUUGGGCGUCAACUCAACUCAACUGUAUUUAUAGAGCACUUUCAAACAGCCAAUGUCAGAAUGUAAAGGAAGCUUCGGAGAGGACGCGACAACAAAAUAUUCACGCUUCACAUGAUGUGAGAACAUUUUGAUAUUCUUAAUAGCUACCCCUCAAAUUACUGAGGAUGUGCAGUUAAAAAAAAUGAGUAAAGCAAAUGACUCUUUCUUGCAAUUACUUUUGACGAAUAAUUGCCCCAGAAUUGUAUGAGUCAUUGUAUUUGGCAAUUACAAUGAGCAUAAUGUAACUGUGUCUUUUGGGCCAGCACUUCUCCUUUUACAACAUUUUGUGGAUACUGGCUAAAUUGUGUCUGGAUCUGGAUCACAUGAUGGCAACCACACAAAGUACUGUAUAAAUAUCAGAAAAAAAAUUGGAGCUCAAACAUAUCUAAGUUUGUGUGUGCAAAUUGGUAAUGUGAUGUGCCUCAUUACAAAUUGGUGGAAACCAUGACGGUUGUGCCCUCUCGACUAAAGAUCCAAACUUAUUUGAGUAACUGGGUAAAAACUGAUCUCACGGUGGGGGGAGAAAAAGUAGAUAAAAGUCUACUUGCACCAUCCGCAUAUACAUUUGUGUCUUUAGAGGAACUGAUUUUUUUUUUAAGAAUUUAACAUAUUUGUGGAUCAUCUUAAUUGCAUUUGAUUCAUGUUUUUUUUUUCCGGUAACCAACAAAAGCUUAACCAAAUACUUGAUCACUUGUGGAUCUGAGGCUCCUCAAACCGUCAUGCGUCUAAAACACUCACCAUGACAUCACAAGAGUGCACAAACACACGCACGCAUUGGUCAUGCUUUGCUUCAACAUUCCUCACUUAGAUGAAAUUGAAUUUGUGGCCUAAGUCAAAUGGCGGGACGCAACGGCUCACUAAUGACUGACCCUCAUCAUCGGACUUCUCGGUCAGUCCCCUUUCAUGUGGACUAUUGUGGUUCAUUUCUGUUCCAUCAGAGAAUGAAUAUCCCUACAGAAUGAAUUUCACUACUUAACAUGAACUUACUAAGACAUCCUAUGGUAGUAUUUCUGGCAUUAAAAACACAUCCUCUUGUCAAACUUGUGAAUCUAACUGCUAAUUUGUGAGGAAAAUAGAGCAGCGUGAGGUUGCAGUCGCUUGAUUUCCACGAGUCAUAGUCACGCACAGAUGAUGUGAUAACCAAACGACUGUAGAUUAAUCAUUGUGAUUAUUUAAACUGUUGUUUGAUCAUAAACCAUGGUUCUAGUGUAUAAUACUGCAUAUUUGGCUCUUGAGCAACUCACGACCUGAGCCUGCAUGCUGCGGAUAAGGAACUGCAGAACAGUGUUGGAUCAUUAACUUAGCGUCGGAGCAUCUGCCUCCUGCUCCAAGUGAAGCAAGACGACAGAACAAAACGAAAAGAGCAAUGCUGCCUCCAUAAAAUAAAACAAGCUUAACAAUGACGAAUAAAGCUCAAUGACUAAUACA